AUGAAUUAUUUGUUUAUUAUUUUAUUUAUUUCUAUAAUUUUUUUUAUUGUGAAAACAAAAAAGGAAUCUUGUACCAUACCAGGACCCAAGGGUAAACUUAUUUUUGGUAAUUUAUUAGAUUUAAAAGGUGGGGAUAUUCAUUUAAAGUUUCAAGAGUGGUAUUAUAAAUAUGGACCAAUUUAUAAAAUUAAAAUGGGAUCGGUCGAAACUGUAGUACUAACAGAGUAUCCAACUAUCAAAGAGGCUUUUGUUGAUAAUUCAUUAAUAUUUAUGCAAAGAUAUCAAAGACCUAGUAGAAGAGUUAUAUCGAAUUGGGAAGAUUUAAUAAACUCAAAUACAGAAAUGCAUACUCAUCUAAAGAAAAUUGUUAUAUCAGAAUUAACAAUGUCAAAACUCAAGAAAAUGGAAAUUAACCUCAAAGAUGAAGCAAAAAGAUUGUGUAGCUUAUUAGAUAAACAUGCAGAAUCAGGUGAAACAUUUAAGAUUAAUAAUUACAUCAAGAUGUUUUCAAUGAAUGUUAUUCUCAGAUUUUUAUUUGGUGUUACUUUUCCAUACAACCAUUUGGAAGAUGGUAUCGGCUUAAUUGGUGUUGUAAAAAAUGUAUUCGAAUCAGCUGCUUUACCAAUAGUUUCAGACUUUAUUCCGAUGCUGGCCCCACUUUCAAAAAAACAAAUAGAUAAAGUAAAAUAUUGCACAGACCAGUUGGGAGACCAUAUUAAAGAGCAAGUUGAGAUUUACAAAAAGAGAAAGAUGAUUAAUGAUACAUUUGAAAAAGAAGAUGAAAACACAACUAUUUUAGAUAAACUUUUAAAAGAUUUUGAGGCAGGUGAAAUAAACGAAAACAAUUUCAUUGGAACUAUGAUUGGUUUAAUGACUGCAGGAAUUGAUACCAGUGCAAAUACUAUUAUAUUUUCAAUAAUCGAACUGACCAAUCAUGAAAAAUAUCAAGAAGAACUUUAUAGCGAAAUAAGAAACUCAGUUUCAGAAUCAGAUCAAUCAAGUGAUGAAGGUAUCUCAUACAGUGAAUAUAAAUCAUCAAUACCAUAUCUUACAAAUGUUAUUAAAGAGACUUUUAGAAAAUAUCCUGCAGCAUUAUUAGGUUUGCCACAUAUCACAUCUCAAGACUGUGAAAUAGGUGGUCAUACAAUUAAAAAAGGUACUCAGGUGAUACAAAACAUUUAUGCAACCCACAGAAAUAAAAAUGUUUGGGAAGAGCCAGAUAGAUUUAUUCCAUCAAGAUUUGAAAAAGAAUUCUCAACAGAUAAAAACCUUAUUCAUUUUGCACUCGGUCGUAGAUCAUGUCCUGGUAACACAUUAGCAGAUUCAGAAAUAUUCACAUGUUUAGCAACAUUAUUUAAAAAAUAUAAAUUUACAAACACCUCACCAACACCAUUAAAUGAGGUAGGUAAAUUUGGUGUAUCAUAUAUUGCUCCACCCACAGUUGUAAAAGUUGAAAAAAGAUAUUAA